CUCAGUCUUCUCAAAGAAAUUCAAGCGAGUAAGACGUGAAUAAAGUGUAUUAUUUAGUUAAGUGAUUGCAGUGUAUUAAAAAAAUCAAAUUAGACGCUUUUAAUAGGGUAAAUAAUUAAUUUAUUGUUACCAAAAUUGUUUAUAGGUGCCAAUGAGAUCGUUUAUUUAAUAUCAAGGUUGGAACCGUUAACUUUAAUAUAUUGCACGCCCUUUUGCAUAUUAUAAUACAACAACAACAAAUGUUAGAGUUGAAGGUUGAAUUUCGGGGCGAUGAAAGUACUCGAGUGCAAAAUUUAAUGAAUACCUCCAAAAAGGGACCUACGUUGACUCUAUCGGAAUAUGCCGUACAAGGGCAAAAAGGAAAGGGAGGUGGUAAAUCUGGAGAAGAAGGCGAAACCGUGGUGGUUGUGGAGCCUAAUGAAGAGGGCAUAGAUACUCCUCAUCUUACCGUCGCUGUUGACAGAAACUUUUUCGAAAAUAUAGAAAGAGACGUUGGAGUCAUGAAAUUACAAAUUAAAGAAUUAACAGACUUACCCAGUAAUCAGGGUCUGAUGGAAGCUCUACAAUCGGAAAAGACUACACCUGUUUUGGACAUGUUCCAAAUUUUGAACUUGAAGAAAAGAGUUGAUGGCGUCGAAGUUGGAAUAAACAAACUGGGCAGUAUCUUUGAAGACCUUGCGAAAGGAGGAACUCUGAGCAAUGCACUGAAUGAGUUUAAUAAGGCUGGGGGGGCUGACGGUACUGAAAGUGUAGCGUAUGGUGCAGGUGCAGGUGCAGGAGGCGGUGGUGUUGGUGCUGGUGUACCCGGAGAUUUAGCAGAUAUCUUAGAGAGCCUUAAAAACCGGUUGAAUUAUUUAGAAACAGAUGGCUUACUAAGCAUGUUCAAAGCUAAAGAAGCAGAAAUCCUAGCUUUUCUAAAGGAAGCAGGAUUGGGCGGUAUGACCGACGAAAAAGCCAAAGAAAUUGAUGACAAAUUCAAAGAAUGCAUGGAUCGAAUAGCAUCGCUCGAUUGUAUGUUUAAUAAUCAAUUUGAGGUGUUCCACAACCAGUUAUGCGAUCUAGAAAAAGAAUUAGGAGUUAUUCAGGAAAGACUUAAUUCGAGAAAUGUGAACUGCAUAUCAUGUGAUAAAGACGUAAUAAUGCGAAAAGAAUUGGAUACAUCUCUGUUCCCACCGAAGCCUGGUCUACCACCGACGAAAAGUAUGGCUCCUUAUCUGGCUUACGAGUUGGACGCAUUACGAAAACAACAAAGAUGUAUGCCUCAAGGCCGAGAUUUAAAUCAAUUCGAAAACAUGAUGAGCUCUCCCAAAAAGCCAGACAAGGGUGAUCACAUUUGUAAUCGUUACUGCGGUGGAAGUCACACGGUUACAACACCCCAGCAGCGGGUCACCAGGAUGGGACAUUUCAUACAACAAUGGGGCCCGGAGGGUCUUUCUGAGGAGCAUCACAUUAAAGGAACCGACGGACAAUUUUAUAAAGGAAGUGAAAUUAGAUCUCCAAAAGACGAGGACAUUCCAGAGGAAGCUUUCAAAACCCGGCCUUCUAUGAUGGUACAGGGCGAUAUUUUGACGGCUAGAACCCAUCUUAAAUCUGCGAGAAUAUCGGAAGCUGAAAUGCAUGUUACCGAACCCGAAGGUCAAGAAAAACCACGGAAGUCAAGCGCUGAAGUAGCGGAAAAACGUGGUAGCAAAUCAACCCCAAGAGGUAGCAAGGAACUUCCAUCCCCAGGCCCAAGAGGAAGUAAAGAAGUAAGACGUUCUUCUAAGGGAUCCAAAGAAGAAGCGGAAGCUGGCGGAGGCUCUAGGCGCGGCUCUAAAGGGUCUAAAGGAUCUAAAGGUCCUGAAGAAGCACAAACGCCUCAAGGUGAAGAAGGUGGCAGUCCGCCUGAAGAAGAGUCUCCUCCUCCUGCUGCAGAAGCUGAAGCUGAAGAAGGUGCCGCUGAAGCCACCCAAGAACAAGCGUGACAGCAUCACACCCUUGUAACUCAAACGAGAGAAUAUUGAUUCAUACUCGUUUUAAACACAUUGUUUUAGGAAAUUUUCGUGAUUUGUUUUGCUUUUUUCCUUGCUGCAUUAACCUUAAAAUUAAUUUAAACUCCAUUGUGCGUAAAUAUAUUCACUCAUAAUUUUCAAAUGACUAAACAAAUUUUUACAAAGCAAAAGUAAAAACUUGCUUUUUUUAUUUUAACUGAUUGAUUUCGGUGCUUUUACUUUUAUAUUUGUAAAAAUAAAUAGUUAUUUUGUAUUUCCUUACUGUUUUCACUAGUUGUUAUAUUUUAAUUAAAAUUGAAUGAAUGAAAAAAAUUGAAUCCGUAGAAGGCCUGAGCCAAAAUAAAACGGGUAAGUGUUUAUAACAACAAAUAAUGAUAUAACGUGACUUCAACCAUGACGAAGCUCUUGCACAAACUGAAGUGGGUGGAUCGGCUUGCGAGUUUCGAUGAUUUAGGAAUGGGGGGAUUCUUAAAGACAAACCAGACUAAGACAAGUCCCUGAAAGAGGGCAGCAGCUCUUUCAAUACCCAGGGUGGCAGAGAACACGAGGAUCGAUAUGGCACUCUGAUGCACAAUACUGCGAUGUUGAAGGCAACGAGAAACCACCACAUUAUGAUAUCCCAAGAAAAACAAACCGAACUCAAAUGAUGGCCUCCUCUGGGGUAAAGUAAUUCGGAUGUAAACUAGUCCCCCAUUCGGAUACUACAUCAGGGAUGUCAUCAAUAAGUGCAAUAAGGAAAUGAAGGAAGAAUAUUUCACGAGCGUGGAAUGUUA